AGCCAUCGGCAUCGGGUUGCCGUGGCGAUAGUGCGUGUGCUAUUGCUCGUUGUGGGUGCAUUUUUUUUUCUAUAUAAUGGUAUCGAAUAUCUCUUUAAGCAGUUUUAACUAGCGUCUGAUUGUGUCUUUGGAAGGAGUGUACUGGUCGGUUGCGUUAAAACAAUAGAGAUGACCAUUUUGUCUGACUCGGGAGCCUGAAUGAAACAGUGCCAAUGGUUAGCGCACAUCCUCCUUUGAUUUUCUUUGUUUUGAGGCAAUGUCAACAAAAAUUGAGGAUGAAGACUUGGAUGCUGGUGAACAGUCAGGAGAUGAAGAAGAUGAAGAGGGCGGGCUGUCCAAACGUCGUGGUGCUGGCCGCAGCGUCACAUUGAGUAUGCUGAUGUCUGAAGGCAUCCUUCAGCAUGGUGAAAACGUUCUGUCAAUAGACUAUCUCGGUUCAAGAUUCACUGGUGAUUUGCUGAAGGACGGAAAAAUCAAGUGGCGUGAAACUCAAGAAAUCUACUCUUCACCCAGCUCGUGGGCAGUUCAUUGCAAAAAGUUGUUAAACCCAGACAAGAAGUCCGGUUGUGGCUGGUCCACGAUCCGGUACAAAGGAAAAAAACUGGAUUGGUACAAGGCUACCUGGUUCAGGAAACAGAGGAUAAAGAAGGAUGACAGAGAAAAUAAUGUUGGCACCAAGACUCCUACUGGGGAGAAGACAAAAUCAGGGAUCGUGAUCAAGAAGCCUUUGGCCUACCAGAAUGCACCAGGGCAGCCAGCACCUAAGGAGACUCUUAUUCUAAGUCAUGGAGCGCUUGGGACUCGCAAUGUUGAUUGUGAUUUGAACACCCUGGUCAUCUCCACACCAUUCAGUGUUCUGGACCGGAUUCAGCCAUUCACAUUGACAAUAUCUACAAAUUGCUUACUGCUAAUUGACUUUCAUUGCCAUCUGACAGAGAGUGAAGUGGUUGGUUACCUUGGUGGAACAUGGGACAUUGCUGCACACAACCUUUCCAUACUGCAAGCCUUCCCAUGUCGUGGAAGACUCGGUGACAAGGAGGCUGCUCCAGCUAUUGAGGAAGAGAUUCGCGAGUCACUGGAGCAACGCCAUCUCACUGUUGUGGGCUGGUACCACAGUCACCCAAAGGCUCCACCGCAGCCAAGUUUACGAGACUGCAAUUCCCAGCUGGACUACCAGAUUACUAUGAAGGGUGAAAGUGACUCUUCAUACACACCAUGUGUUGGUCUCAUAUGUUCUCCUUACGUGAAAGAUGAGUCCUGUGUGGAUGCCAAGUACCUUGCCUAUUGGGUGAUGCCUCCACCAGAGCACAGACCCAAUGAAUAUGGAAGGCCAAUGCAGAUGAUGUACAAUGUUGCCCAAGAUUCAUUCCUCACUCAGGAUCUUCUAAUGGAAAUGCGCCUGCUGUCGGAGUACUAUCGUGGAUCACCAGAUGCUCUCAACUUUUGCAAGGACUUCGAGCCACACAACAUUAGCUACUGGGAGAAACUGAAACGCUCGCUGACAUCCAAGCUUCCACGUGAUCUGCAGGUCACGAGUGGCGACACACAAGGCCAAGCCGUUGAUCACUUUUGGGAAUUUGUGAAGGGCCUCAUUAUGCCGGUGUAAUGGCAGUGUGUGCUUAUGGAGCAGUCUUUGGACAACCCGAGCCACUGGUUUCAGUGCGCUGUUGCCUUGUAAAGUCUGCGGCUUUGCCAGAAAUUUCCAUUUUAAGCCUGUAUUGCACACAUGGCUUCUUGCAGUGAAGCUCUGUAGCUCCCUUGGGCAGGUAGGCUUUUUUAUCUUUAUUAUGAAGUCUGCUGUUACAACCUCACUGUUUGACCACUUUAGCAGCAGUGCAUAACUUGGAGCAUCAUCAAUUUCUCUGCGAUGUAUGAAACUGGUGUCGCAACUGUUUGGUGUGAUUUUAGUCCUGCCAUGCAGCUAACGUAAGCUCCUGGUUGCCAAACUGUAAGCAGCCAUCUGCCAGUUAGUGUAAAUAUAUUCUCUGGAAGACGCUAUAGUUCUAAUUGCAUCUGUCGAGCAUUAUGACUGCCUCUCUGUACAUAAUCUGAAAAAGAGGUGAAAUCAUUAGUAUAUGUCUUCAGAACAGUUAAUGUGGCCCACUUACAGGCCUUCAAUGUUUCUGUUCUUUCUUUUUUGCAGGGUGUAAGGCCUAGUGCUUUUAAAUAUUUUUUAGACACAAUGUAUGUCAUGCUAGUUCCACUCUACUUGGAACAAAGGGCAUACAUAUAUUGUUUUUAGCCCAUUAUUUCAGUGUUCUUUAUUCACUGGUUUCAAGCUUCAUUUUAAUUGUUUGCAAAUUGUUUCUUGUAAUUUAGAAAAUGUUUUAUGUCCUUGGCAGGUUUUUACAAGUACUGUCAAUCCUUGUUUUCUUGUAUAUAGUUCAUCUAUACCAGAAUUGCAUAUUUUUCUGCACUGUGGUAAGAUGUCACAGCUCAAAACAAGUGCAUCAGGUCUUGAAAGUGCUUACUUGCUCUCACAGCUUGAACAUAUUUUAUGAGAAAUAUUUUAAAGUUUGUUUGCUGUUGCAAAUAAUGUGGAAUGAGCUUUCGCAAGUCAUCAAAUCAUUUGGUGUGUGUGUGCGUGUCAGAGUGCAUGAUUUGUGUGAUCUUCUAGUGAUGUGUACUGUGUUUGCAAGGAUGGGUUAUGGAAAGGGUAAGAAACGACAAUACCGUAUUUACUUGCGUAAUGAAAACAUCUUUUUUUUUCCCUGAAGAACCAAAGCAAGGUUGGGAGGUGCGUUUAUUAUGUGGGGUAAAUCUUACAAAACUUUUUCGGGAUGAGUAAAAAAUGGGGUAAUGAAAAAAAAGGUUGUAGCUUCACCUGAGCAAGGGCAAAGCAAUGAAUGUAGUAGCAACAGAUUGGAAUGUUAUACAAAUUAAGUCUAGCAGCUCACUCGUUCACAAAACAUGGCUGCUGAAGUGAGUUAAGUGACUUUCGUGCUGUCUAUGGCUUCAACACAAACUUUGCGAUGAGAGCCCAGCACGUACUGAGCCAUCUGCUGAUUGUCUUUGACGAUACAGGAUAGAGUGGGCACGACUGGGAGUGGCCAUGCCCGGUCAGUCAAAAGGCGCAUUUACUGCCAAAGCCGCAUAGGCACCCCUCCUAUCUCUACAUGACUUCGCACGACGAAAGACGGCCAGGGCAUUUCCCCUCUGCUUGGGCCGUGAUUGACAGCAGCCCUCGCACACUUUAUCCACGCAUAGAACAUACAACGCACGGAGCAACGUUAUCCAUUUGGACUUUAUACGAAACAUCACGGCGAAGCCGAUGGCAAAAAUGCACCUGGAGUGUUCAUAUAAUUGCUGUCGCAAUAAAAGGAAGAGCGCUAGGGCGAGGAGGCACUACACGGCUGCUGCUCCUGUUGGCUGGUUAUCAGCCGGAUCACGUGAAGUGACAAAGCUACAGAGUGGACGUUUGCAGGUCUGCAGGGAUCAAAGUUGGGGGUGCAUUUAUUACAUGGGAGAGAAAAAAAAGUCAAAGUUUUGAUUACUAAAGUUGAGGGUGUGUUCAUUAUGAGAGUAAAUGCGGUACAUUAAGUUACAAUAAUCUGUAUUGCAUGACUGGAACUGUAAUGAGAUGUUUCACGUAGCAUAAUGCAGUUGAACCUUGAUAUAAUGAAUAUAGGUAUCAUAAUUAUCAAUGUGAUGUACUAUUGAAGAAAGGAUAACAGUUGAUUAGUCCUUGUUUACUUCAGUUCAGUAUUUUUAUGCUAGGGCGAAACAAAGUGUGCAGCAUUCAACACUGAUAGUAAAAAAUUUUUGUUUGCAUGUGCUUCAAAAUAAAGUCAACCGAUUUUUUGGACAUGCGUGAUAAUUCGGAUGCUGAAGCUCUUCCAUGACUCAUUUUUUAAACUUUCUGCUCAGACUGUACAUCCUAAACUCGGCAGCCUUACUUGAAGCCACAACCACAGCCAUAUUGACUCUCUUGCAAUCUCGAGCCAGUGCCCUUGUUUGACAGUCCAUUAAUACCUGUUCCUUAAUUAUAUAAGCAAGCACCCACCGCCUCCUGCCACUAAAACAUCUUUAAUAUUUGCCUGUUUUCGACGUACUAGUGAGACAAACAUAGUUUUGAACGAAUCCCUAACCCAGUCCCCAUAGAGCAUAAUGUGUUUACUGACCUCACCACAAUGGUUUUUCAUAUGCUAUGACUAGCGUUUUAUGUGUAUGCAGUCACUUUUAUGCGCAUAAAAGUAACUUGCACCACAUUUGUGGUGUGGCUGAUACCGCAAAGUGCUGCAAGAGAUCUUCUGCCUCACCGGUAACCACAGAGACCAGUAACCAAUGAUUCCAACUUUGGCGCAAGUAUGCAGAUGUCUAUACAGAUAAACAUUAUGAUUGCAUGGAGGGGUGAUAACAGCCGUCAAUGAAAGUGCCAAUAUGACUUAAUGCCGACUGCCAUAUCACAGUACACUCAAACCUUGAUAUAACGAAUUAUCGGUUAUAACGAAGUAAAUGAAUAGUCUUGUCAUAGCUACAGUGUUACAAAUAAACGUUUAUAAUGAAUUUUCGGAUAUAACCAAGUUAUUUUCGUGGCAGAUGUGACUUUGUUAUAAUGAGGUUUGAGUGUAUGCGUCUACUAUCUGCUGUGUAAUGGUUGCGGUGUAGCACCGUUGUAAGCUCACUGCUCACCUUUAAUAGGCAACAACCCAAGCACUCCUAAAGCUUAUUGCUGUCCUAAAGCUUAUCAGCAGUCAAGCGUAAGAUCAGAUGCACAAGAUAGACUGCCAGCCACAACAGCAGAGUAUGGAUUCAUGCGCGAUGCUUUUUGUCUACAAAAAGUCAGUUAGCAAUGGGGCUCCGCAAUAGCAGUUCAAUGUGACACAUACGAGACCAUGUUUGCAUGUUUUUGCCAGUGGCUUGGCUUGGAUGAGCUGCAUUUGGCCAGUCAGUAUGCCAAUUCUGUGUGAUAAAACUGUUAGCACAGUUGUGUAAUUGUGGCAGUGCAAAGUGGGUAUGCAUAUAUAUUGUUCCUGUGCCUCAUAAUGACAGAGCAAGGUGCCUGUAGGUCAUCAAAAUUUGCAGAAGAACCUUUACAGGCUUGUUUGAGACGCCCAAGUCGCAUUCUUUAGCAUAUACAUGGUCACAACUUUGAUGUUAUUUUUUUCCCAGUGUUUGUGUGCAUGCCUAAAAUGAAUGUAUUUUCACAUCCUGUGCGAUUUCAUUAUAACAAGGUUCAGCUGUAUAACUUCUACGACAACAGCCCACACACUUUUACAUUGUAUAGUACAGUGGUCAACUCUCAUGUCUAUAACGCCGGAGCGUCGUGCUCAGAACUGCAUGAGCGACAUCUACAGCUUGAAACGGGCCACAUCAGAGCAUGCGCAGUGUCACUGAUGCGCUCACCAUGGAAUUUCCGUCCUUGUUAUCGCCGCGGCCGCGACAACUGAUUUCGCCGUCAGAAGCACUGUCAACCGUAUAGCGCCUAAAAAAAUGAGUGCAAUCACCGGAUCGGCAUGUUUUAUACUGCGCACUUAUUCGCGGUUUGCAGCAUCAUAUCAUACCGACAAUGCGCCAGACAGUGGAUAAACUUAUAAGUGGACGCAAAUCUGCUGCUGGGACAAUGUGACCGCGAACGACAAAUCAACACUCAGCAUAGCUUUCAUCGCGCGCUGACAACGGUUCGCUUCGUUUCCUUUUUUUUUCUCUUUUUUGUUUUUGUGAUAAACUGUUGACAGCGCUUCCAACGGCCAAAGCAGUUGUUGCAUUCACGGUGAUAACCAACGAUGGAAAAUGCAAGGUAGGCGCAUCAGUGGGGCUGCGCAUGUUCAGAGGUGCCCCGUUUUCAACUGUAGAUGUCGCUCGUGCAGUUCGGAGCACGACGCUCCGUCGUUAUAGAUAUGAGAGUUGACCACUGUACAUAUAGCAUGCAGUGAUGGGUUUGCCAUUGUGCUCUGCAUGUCGAAAGGGCACAGCGCACCCCCCAUCAGGAUUACUGUCACUCAUACAUCGGAGAUGCUGCAUUUUUGGGCAGGUGCUUGUAGUGAUAAUAGACCAGCCCGUUUAGCUGCUUUGUGUUGUCAUUAUUUGUGCAGUCUAUUGCACUGUUGAUACUUUGCUUGAGUGUGCACCCUUCAUGCAUGUGAAUGCGUACAAUAUGCAUGAUUCUAAAAGAUGUGCUCAUCCACAGAGCAUAGUUUCUCAGUGUUUGAAGUUGUAGCAUUUCGAACUUAAAACAAAGAAGAUAUUAUUUUAUGUUCAGAGUACAACUACACAAUCUGUAGUGCGAUGUGUUUUCUCAGCCUGAUAAUUACAGUUUCAUUCUAUUCAUGCAAACAUGGCAAUAUAAUGUAGACUUGUUCGAAGGCAAAGAAAUGCAACACUAAUGGGUCAGCAAUAUUCUGUUGUAUUGCUCUUUAUUGUGUUUUUUAUGUUUUUAGCAUUUUUGAGGGGAUUACAGUGUUUUGUAGCAGUCCUACAUGAGCACAUCUGAAACCUUGUCAUUUUACAUUUUAUGCACCUAGAGAAAAGGCGACUUUAUUUAAUAAAUAUGAGUUUCUGCUCAACAUGAAUAAUUGCUCUGGUUCCAUGACCAAGCUUCUUAUGCAAAUUGUGACGAACAGAGCACCUCAGCCUUUCCCAAAAAACUUCAUUGGCCUUUUUGGGAGUAAUGAAGAGCAUCAUAUUUUAACACAUUUCACUGCAGCAGUGCUUUUCAAGAUCCCAUUUCUCGUGCUUUAUGACCCACUGACAAGUCGCACUCCUUUGAAACUUUGGCUUGAUAGCAAAGAUGCCACUUGUGCACUACGGGAAACUUCGUGCACGGCUACACAGAGAAAUCACUGCCGUCACUUGACCCACUUUGAAGUCAACAUGAUAAGCAAAUGUGUGCAGCAUUAAAAACAAUUAGGAAUGUGUGAAUAACGAAGUUUGUGUUGAAAUAGGAUUAGACAGUGAUAAGUGCAUUUGCUGAAAAUGGUGUGAACUGAAUUGAGAGAUUGAAUUUUUCCCUAAAAUUAAACAAAGGAAUUUCUACAUAUUUAUUUUAAGCUUCAGGCUAAGGCAUGAUGGAGGAUUGGGAACUCCUGCAACAAUGUAAACACAAACCAAGUCAAUGUAAACACAAACAAAAGCCCAACUAAGAGAUUUUUGUUUAAUAAUGCAGAACUCACUUUAUAGAGGUUGGAAACCGGAGCUUAAAAUAAGGCCUAAAUAGGAGACAAGAACUUGAAGGGCAGUAUGUAUGUGAUGUAACUUACCGAGCUAACCUUCACAUGGACAGCACUUUUUUUUCUUGGUGACCACGUGAUGGACUAGUACCGUUAAGCACUUAGCAUUUGUGUGCCAUGCAUGGCAGUGUUAAUGUAGUAUGCCUGACAAGUGUGCACACAAGCUUGAUGUGCAUAUGUAAACAUCACUCUAGCACUGACUUCUAAGAUGUACAGAUCUGAGAUGCCAUGUUGGGUAAGUGAAGUUUUGGACAGUGAAGUGAAGCAUGUAAAAAUUGGAUGGGGUUGUUUGGCAAGUUGGUAAUAAAUUUUAAGUUUGAAUGUUUACAUAUUCCUAGAGGCAAUGCUUUCUUGUGUGAGGGGUGAGUCACAAAGCUUGUCCUGUAUCUUUAAUGCAUCAGCUUCUGACACAUUUUGCUUUAUUAAGAGUAAAGGAAGAUCAUCAUCUUCAUUGAUACAGAUAUUCAUGUUGCCACUGUAUUGUGCAUUCCAUAACAUUCUUUGCAAUGAUGAGUUUGAAUGUGACAUGUUCACUUUUUACAUCUGACUGUCAUUGUGUUUUUAAUUAUACAUGGCACUAUAAAGCGUGUUACGAAAAAUAAUAUUUUAGGGCAAAUGGGAUGCCUAAUGGUUCAAGCCAGUUCUCACGUGAACUUAGCUUGGCUGUAGCAAAUUAAAAAAAAAAUUAUCCCCUUUGCUGGCUGUGUCAUUAUGGCAUUCUGUUGCUAAGCGUUAGGGCACAGGAUCAAUUCCCAGAAUAUCAGUUGCAUCUAAGUGGGGGAAAAUGCAAAAAUGUCCUUGUAUGUUUUAGAUUUAGUUGCACAUUAACAAACCCAAAGUAGUGAAAUUUAAUAAUAAGCAUGCUG